AUAUUAUUAUUUUUGGCUGGCUGAUAACGGCGGGGCCUUCCCGGACCAUUGCUGAUAAUAAAAUAUUGUCCGUCCCGGACUACGUGUGAUAACAGUUGUAUGCGCCCGUCGUGGUUACCGGUUUUACUGUUCCAUGAAAUGCGAGGAAAUUUGUUUGCACGUUCGUAAUUCGCCGCCGUCCGGGUCUGGGAUAUGAUCCGACUUCCGUGUCGAUACUCCGAGUUUUGACGACAGUCCUGACCUGUCAUCGCCGAUCCGUCGCAACACGCAACGGCACAGGUGUGUUUGAAUGCCGGCCAGAGUCAAUGUGCGCCCGGGCUAUGCAGUCGAGCCGUCACACCGCAUCCAAAUAUUUUAUUCAGUCAAAUUGUCAAUAUGUUAAACACAGAAAAGUAUGUGGUAAAAAACCCAAAUAAUAAUUCUCAAAUUAUUCGUUUACCAACUAGAAAACGUGUAUAUAGUGGCCAUAGAAAACCAGAAGUGAAAGAUCUUAUUGAAAAACAACAGAAGCCAAUGAGAAAAAUUAUUAGAAUGAGUGAUUUAAAAGAAAACAAUACCGAAAUCAUCACUGUUUCUCCUGAGUUCUUAGAUGACAGUUCAUCAGAAAUAAAAGAUGAACUUAUGUCAGAUUCAAGUUAUGAUGAUUUGGAAGUAAAUUGUGAAUACCAAGAUGAUCCAGAAGUUAUUGUUGUCUGUGGUGAUGAUCUAGAUCAAUCUAGUGGUAGCGAUUUAGAAUUCAUAGAAGACAUGAGACAUGAAGAACCCAGUAAAAGUAAAUUUCAUAGUGAUGUCAAUUCUUCUGAUGUUGUUGUGAGAACAGAUAUUUUAAAUGAUUUAUUAGAAGGACGUAUGACCAAAACUACUAAAAAGCUUCUAGAUUCUACCAAGAUUUCUUAUUUGCCCAUGCAACUAACUCCAAAUGAAUUUCGUUCUACAUACACUAAUGAAAAAAGCCCAUUUAAAGUUAGGCCUAUAAAAGCUAACAAAGGCUUGAGACAUUUCUCCAAAAGAGUGUGUGAUAAAGUCAAGACUAAAAUGGUUACCACAUAUAAAGAAGUAGCCGAUGAAUUAGUUGCUGAAUGUGUUGGCAAUAGAGACAGCCCAACUUUUUUAUAUGAUCAAAAAAAUAUUAGACGCCGAGUUUAUGAUGCUUUGAAUGUAUUAAUGGCUUUAGAUAUAAUUGCUAAGAAUAAGAAAGAUAUAACCUGGAAAGGGUUACCAACUGGAUCCAUACAAAACAGUGUAUAUCUUGUUCAAGAAAAAGAAAACCGCCUUAAUAGUGUAAAAAGAAAACUUUUAGCUCUUCAAGAAAUCAUUAUGCAAGAAGUAGCUAUUAAACGUUUAGUAAAACGUAAUCAGGAUGUGGAAAAUGAAUUUGGUCCUCCACCUCAUAACACAUUUGUCAAUCUACCUUUUAUGGCUAUUAGUGCAAAUGAAGAUACAUCUGUUGAAAUAGAAAUAUCAGAAGACCAAAAACAAUAUGAAAUGAGUUUCAAUGAUAAAUUUAGUAUGGUUGAUGACACUGAAAUUUUGAAAACUAUGGGUUUCACUUUAGGAUUGGAUCGUGGUGAAGUGAGCAAUGAAGACUUAAAGAUUUUGAAAACAUUAGUACCCAAAGCUUUUGAGAAACAUAUUGUUAUGAUGGCUACUAAAAAUGGUGAAAUGUUUAAUGAUAUCUGUAAAGAAUUUGAUGAGAAAAUGAAGUCUGCUGAAAUUGAACAAUCUUCAUCAAGGCCCAAUAUUAUUAAUAGAAGGAAGAAUAAGAGAUAAAUAAAAACUGUUAGCAAUGUUUUUAUUUUUCAUUUUUUUGUUAUUAUCAUGACAAUCAUCAAAAUUACUAUGUUAAAUAUGUAUACUUUUUUUUGUAAAUAAUUGAAUGUUAAUUAGUUUUAACUUGUACAGAUUUAACUAUUUUAUAAAUAAUGUAAAUUACAGCAAUGAAGAAUUUGUUUAAC